UGGAUAAUACCAGUAGAAAAGAGAGUUCCACGUAGAGCCCUAGAUAUAGUCCAAUAUCGCUGCUGCUUUGCUACUGCUGCUGCCUCUUUGGCAAGUGGUGCUGUGGCUUGGUUUACGAGUGCUGUAUUUUGAGUUGAGGUGGAGAGGUGGCCAUACGAUGAAUCUUCUUAGAAUCUUGUGCCAGUCUUCAUGUGACAAGCUGCUGCUUCGCUACUGCAGCCUCUUUGGCAAGUGCUGCUGUGGCGUGGUUUUCGAGUGCUGUAUUUUGAGCGUGUUCGGCUGCUGCAGAUGCUGGUGUUGUUGCUGGCGCCACUUGGCAGUGGAGCUGCAGGAAGAAGUGCCUCGAGAUGAUGUUCCUCUAGAGGGGAGAGGAAUUCAAGCUGCUGCUGCAGCUGCUGCUGGAACUGCUGCUGGCGCCACUUGGAAGAAGUGCUUUGUGAGUGUAAAUGAGGAACAUCAGCUGGGAUCCCUGACCACACAAGAUUGAAACUCAGUUAAACCAGAUAAAACAGCAACAUUGUGACGAGGUCGAUGGAAAGCUCUAUACCUGAUGAUGGGUUUAAGGUGUAAGGAUGGACGUUCAACAAACGGCUCUGUCAAGCAUGAGCCUCCCACAUCAGAUGGCGGAACAGUGUCACUGUUACCAUAGUCCACAAAGUAGACACUGACUGAUGAUGGGAAUAGUCUGGAAUUAUUUCAAACACAUCAGAUGGCGGAACAGUGUCCAGUGAUGAAGAUAACCACAUUGUGAUAAACAAUUUCCAAAUUUUCCCUACACACGCCAUGGACCAUUUUGAAAGUCUUAAACAUCUAAUUAAAUCUAAUUACUUUCGUCUAAUUACAAAACAUGACCUGACUAGAUCUAAUUAAUAACUAGCCGCUCAGCUCUCUGUUUCUUCUUGUCAUCCAGAUUUGCUUUGCUAGAUGGUGUUGACGAUGCGUAGUUGUACGCUUCAAGAAGGGCCUACAGUCUUGAAGCGUAGUUGUACGCUCGAAUGAGGCGUACAACUACGCUUUAGUUUUACCAGUGAGCAUUCUUGGGAGAGUCUCCCCUCCCUGGGCCCCCUGUCGCCCCCGCAUCUCGCGCUGCCCACCUCCUUCCCUACCCACCACCCGCCCGGACCCCCCGCGAGGGCAGUAGUAGAGGGACCGGGGUUGACAUGGUGCCAACGAGGCCCUUGAAUCCAGGAAAAUAUGUGAGUAAACGGUUCCUCGAUUCAAGUUUCCGAAGUGGUGUCUGUUUUCGGUAAGACCUCGCAUUGAUUUCUUGCACUCCAAUCUUACCGUAAAUCCGAGUCACCAGACGUGGUCUAGACCGCACCAAACGUGGCCAGACGUGGUCUAGACCACACCAGCCGGUGUGGUCAAAAUGGCACCCAUCUGACCACACCAGUGGUGCGGUUAGGACCACGUUUGGUUUUUCAGUUUACGAAAUAUUAUAGAGGAGCGUUUGGUAAGCAUGAUGCAUUAAACGAAGGUGCGUCCUUCCUGAAUAAGCUCCCGGCCACCGUCAAAAAUAUUAAAGAUGUAAAAAGGUUUAAUAAAACUCUUAAAUAAUUUCCAAUUGAUAAGGAAUUUUAUUCACUCGCUUAAUUCGGAUUCUGUUCUA